GUCUCUUUAGACUUUAGGUUUGAAGGUGCCAGUAAAAUCCCGUUCUCUCUCAGCUUUCCUUUCUCACUAAAGUUUCCCUAGCAUGACUCCCAACUUGAAUUCGACCAGAAGUACAAACUGUAAACGAACAAUCAAAUUUCUCUACAGUUACGGUGGCAAAAUCGUCCCUCGGCCCAUUGACGGUAAACUUCGUUACACCGGCGGUUUCAACCGAGUUCUGUCCGUCGAUCGGUCAAUAAAAUUUGCAGAGCUGAUGGUGAAACUUGAAGAGUCGUGUGGGCACUCGAUGAAGUUAAAGUGUAAGCUACCGAGCGAAGAUUUAGAUGUGUUGGUUUCUAUUACUUGUGACGAGGAUCUGAAGAAUGUGAUUGGAGAGUAUGAUCGUCUUUCGCCGGAGACGAAAAUCACAGCCGUGCUAUUUCCAAUCAAACCAUCAAAGAAAAUCUCUCCUCCGUCUUCUCCGAUGUCCUGUUUUGAUUUUCCGUCUGCUAUGCGUAAACCAGUUCCUGCAGCCACCACAUGUUAUCAUGUACCUCCGACGUUUCGUCGUUUCUCUCCGGCGGUUGUUUAUCCUGCGACGGCGAGGAAAUACAAUUACUAUCAGGAAAGGAACCCUAGUCGUUUCUACUCCGCGCCGAGCAGGAAAUUUUCCCAUUCUCUUCAGCAGUAGGCGCAAACGCGUAGAAAAAGUGCAAUCCAAAAUUAAUUGGUUUUCUUCAUAUUUUUUUUUUUUUUCCAAUCCUAAUGGGAUUUUUUAUAUUCGGCGGUACAAAAAAAA